GACCUUCCCAACAUGGCGGAGGCCCUCCCCGUGUGUGAGGGCGGGCCCCAGAGGCGCCGAAACCAAUGGCGGGCCGCGAGAGGCGCGGGGGCGGGGAACACGGCGGCCGCUUGCCCAACCCGAGGCUCGGGAGGUGGCUGGGGAGUGAAUUUUCUGGAAGGCGACUUUAAAGGCGCCGGGCCGGAGUGAAGGGCGUUUGAUUGCCUCCGUCUCCGCCACCCGGGCCGGGAGGGGUGCGUUAGUGGCAGGAAGCGGGCUGCGCCGAGGUCGUAGCGGAACCAGCUGGUGACCCCGCAGGAUGAACCACAAGAGCAAGAAGCGCAUCCGCGAGGCCAAGCGGAGUGCGCGGCCGGAGCUCAAGGACUCGGUGGAUUGGACCCGGCACAACUACUACGAGAGCUUCUCGCUGAGCCCGGCGGCCGUGGCGGAUAACGUGGAAAGAGCAGACGCUUUACAGUUGUCUGUGGAAGAAUUUGUGGAGCGGUAUGAAAGACCUUACAAGCCCGUGGUUUUGUUGAAUGCCCAAGAGGGCUGGUCUGCGCAGGAGAAGUGGACUCUGGAGCGCCUAAAAAGGAAAUAUCGGAACCAGAAGUUCAAGUGUGGUGAGGAUAAUGAUGGCUACUCAGUGAAGAUGAAGAUGAAGUACUACAUCGAGUACAUGGAGAGCACUCGAGACGACAGCCCCCUUUACAUCUUUGACAGCAGCUAUGGCGAACACCCUAAAAGAAGGAAACUUUUGGAAGACUACAAGGUGCCCAAGUUUUUCACUGAUGACCUUUUCCAGUAUGCUGGGGAGAAGCGCAGGCCCCCUUACAGGUGGUUUGUGAUGGGGCCACCACGCUCUGGGACUGGGAUCCACAUCGACCCCCUGGGAACCAGUGCCUGGAAUGCCUUAGUUCAGGGCCACAAGCGCUGGUGUCUGUUUCCUACUAGCACUCCCAGGGAACUCAUCAAGGUGACCCGAGAAGAAGGAGGGAACCAGCAAGAUGAAGCUAUUACCUGGUUUAAUGUUAUUUAUCCCCGGACACAGCUUCCAACCUGGCCACCUGAAUUCAAACCCCUGGAAAUCUUACAAAAACCAGGAGAGACUGUCUUUGUGCCAGGAGGCUGGUGGCAUGUUGUCCUCAAUCUCGACACUACUAUCGCCAUCACCCAAAAUUUUGCCAGCAGCACCAACUUCCCUGUGGUAUGGCACAAGACGGUAAGAGGGAGACCAAAGCUGUCAAGGAAGUGGUAUAGGAUCUUGAAGCAAGAGCACCCCGAGUUGGCAGUCCUGGCAGACUCAGUUGACCUUCAGGAGUCCACGGGGAUAGCCUCCGACAGCUCCAGCGACUCUUCCAGCUCCUCCAGCUCCAGUUCAUCAGACUCCGACUCAGAGUGCGAGUCUGGAUCCGAGGGUGAUGGGGCAGUGCACCGCAGAAAGAAGAGGAGGACAUGCAGCAUGGUGGGAAACGGGGACACCACCUCACAGGAUGACUGUGUCAGCAAAGAGCGCAGCUCCUCCAGGAUUAGGGACACUUGUGGAGGCCGGGCUCACCCCUGAGCAGAUAAAGAGACUCUCCCUGAGGUGGCUUCAUCGUAAGCUUUUGGCAGCCACCCAACUCAGUUCUCGCGUCUUCUGCUCCUACCUUCUCUGUCUUCUUUGAAUUUGGAUAUUCCUUCCCUGGUCCAAGCUCCUGUCUUCGAUCAAAUGCUGUUUUUACUGCUUCCUAAGGAUAGAUUUUCAAGAAGUCUAACAGCUCAGCCAGCUCAGUGAAACACAAGCUAAUGUGGUGUUGGGUAAGAAGGUUCUGUGCCGUCUCAUUGAAAACCGAGCCAGUCAACUGCAAGGCUGGCGGGGUGUGAUCCUUGUAACGUCUUGUUGUGUCUGUUACCCCACGGAUGUCGGUAAGGAGCUUCCACAGAGCCGGCUGUGUACCGCAGAGACACUGAGCGUGGUGAGUGGACUUUGAUCUGUGUGUGAGCCAAUCGUGUCGGAAAGACUCGGAGUCGUCGCCGUCAGUCCACAGAUGCAUUCAGUGGCAGUGACCAGCACCGUCACCCACCGCUCAGUCUGUCUUAGGGUUCCUCACCUUUUCCUCCACCACCACAGAGACUGCAACAUUUGAGGGGUAUUUGUGUGUAUUUUUUGGGUGGUGAUACAUUGGGUUUUUUGUUUGCAUAGAGGGGGGACAGUGUUCGGUGUGUUCUUACCACAGAACUUAAAGUAUGAAUAGGCUCAUUCUUCCCCACCACAGGAUCCGUCAGAUGCGCUCACUGUGCCAGGUACUCUGAGAUUAGUGUUCCCCAUUUGUUUGACCUGCAGACACUAAGUGUUACACACAGGGAGUGAAUUCAGAGAUGCUUCUAGUCUUUGGAAUCUUGAUACUUCUAAAUAACUGGUAUGACUAUUGGGGAUUGACCAGCAGAUGCCAUCUCUUGCCCUCUUGAUUCACCUGCUUGCCUUAAUUUGUUCCUAAAUUCCAACUAUAUUUAAAUAAAAAAUAAGAGGGGUUUGUGAAGGCUGUGGUGCCCACUGGGAAGCACUGCCUGGGCUGGAGUAUUGGAGUCAUUCGCAGACAGAAGGGAAGCAGCUCUCAUUGCAGUAUUACACAGGCACGGACGGAGGCCGUGUGUGGAUGCGUUAGGAUUGUGUGCUGUUGCCUCUCAAAAUACCCACUAGAAACGGGUAUAACCAGGAGAAUACAGGCUCUGCCCACUGUUCACUUAUUAACAGAUUGUCAUUUCCUGACAUUGGGUCAUGUGGCUUUAGAAGGCUGGUUCCCUCUUUUUGUCUUAGUUCAGUUUUCUGCGUCCUAAAAUGCCAACCCCAGUGUGUGUCUGGGUAGACAGAACUGUGCUGCCUGUCUGCCAUGGGGGCUGUUCUCCCACCUUAUCCCCACGCCCGCAGCUCCCUCAGUUACGUGGUGGGCACAGGAUGUGCUUGGGUGUGAGUAAAGUCAAACCCUGAAUCUCUUGGUAGUAAUAUCUGAGUGGUGUUGCUCCUUCUGCUUUUUGAAAAAGCUUUUCUUGCCAUCUUCAAAAAGCUUUUUUCUUUUUCCCAGCAUUGCUCCUAUGCUGCCAUACUUGGCAUUUUUCCUUACUUCCUCUCAAUUUUGUAUCAACGACUCCUCUCUAAACUUCAGUUCAAAAUUAAAAACAGCCCAAAAAAGGCUCUUUGCCACCAGGGGGCAAGGUGGAACACGUUGCUAGUGGUCUGGAUAGUGGAGCAGAAAUUUUGAAUUUUAAAAAUUAGCCACCCAGGCCAGGUACAGUGGUUCACGCCUUAAUCCCAGCACUUCGAGAGGCUGAGGCAGGGGAAUCACUUGAGUCCAGGAGUUCGAGACCAGUCUGGGCAACAUAGUGAGAUCCCAUCUCUCAAAAAAAUAAUAAUUUAGAAAAUAAAGAUUAGCCACCCUGUCUUCCUUUUCCAGAUGCUAAAGGUGAUUCCUGUUUGGUAACAGUAUCCAGAAAUGAGGGGAAUAACACAUCUGAUCGGCCGAAGUCAGCUCUCCUGAAGGUAUCUGGAGAGUGAGGAUUAUGUGCUUCUGUGACAUGCUUUGUUCCUUCCUGCCAGGCCAGGGAUACAGCAGCCCUUCCCCCCAACCCCCUUUCUGUCACUCUGGGCUAGCCAGGCUCCUUACGUAAGCACAGCAGGGGCGAGGUGGAGCAACCGCGUGUGAGAAAGGACUGGAGCGGUGGCGGGUGGUCAGGGUAGAGUAGGAAGCGUGGGUACCCAGAGGCCACCUGUUCAGACGUCAACUCUUCUUCCCAUCUGGCGUGAGCUACUCCAUUGAAUGGUGCCAACAACAGUGAAGUGAAGGAGAUAACUUUAGAUUAUUUUCAGGGAUGAUUCUCCAAGAUGACAGCAAAUCUUAAAACCAAAGAGCUGGUCCUGGAAGAAGGGAUCUUGGACUGUUAACUUCUGAUGGAAGGAGCAGGAUGGGAGAGACAUGAGUGCGGGAUCUAGAACAUCAGGAGGGCCUGGCUCUCUCUGCGAAUGAGGCUUCACCAUCAGCUUGAAGAAUCCUACUGCACACAUGUGCCUCUGCAGUUAGUGGUGCUGGGAUGUUUAGGGUGACAUCUUGAAGGGAGAGCCACUAAAAAGAGGGGCAUUAUUCACAUUUUGCUGUAUUCUUGCAGCUGUCCAUGUCUUAAUAAUGCAAGCGUGGAGCGGAUGUUUGAGGGCCAGGCACUGCUCUGGGUGCAGGAGAUGUGGUUACAAGCCCAGGUCCCUGACGAGCUCCACAAGCUUAGUGUACAGUGGCUGUGCAGCUGUUCACAAGGCCGCUGGGGAGGGUGGGUAGACCUGUACCUGUGCAUUUCCACAACCAGAAAAGGCAGUGCAGACCUUAUUAAAUGCAGGUGUACCAGAUCUACGUGCAAGAGUGUGAUUCACAUCGCUAUAUACUUAAGGUAGUAACAGUUUCUUCAUAAGGUAGCAAAACAGGAUCCGUGGGAAGGUUGCUGGUGCAGGUGCUUUACAGACUUACUAGAGACUCGGCCUUGGAUUUAGGACAUUAGACAAGAGUAUAGGAUGGAACAAAAUUUUUGCAGUAAAUGUAAAAUAUGCUGUGUAGGAGGCAGGCAUAUAAGGAUGCCCCAGCUGUAGGUUCUUUAGAUUGUCUAUAUAGUAUUUCCGUGAGUAAAUUGUUUUUGAUGCGUGUGCUGGUACUGCUGGUGGAUUUGAAGUGGAGUCUGGUGGCGGCUUCCACUCUGCCCUCUCACCAGCUUAUGUCAAUAUGUGACAUUGUAUACAGCAAAACUAGAUGAACUUGCACCCCAGUCAGUGGCUCUCAACUUUGUGUCAUUAUUAGUUCAGAAAUUUUGGCCAGGUGCUGUAGUUUACCCCUGUAAUCCCAGCACUUUGGGAGGCCAAGGGGGGUGGAUCACUUGAGGUCAGGAGUUCAAGACCAGCCUGGCCAACAUGGUGAAACUCCUUCUCUACUAAAAAUACAAAAAGGCCAGGUGUGAUAGCGUGCACCUGUAAUCCCAGCUACUUGGGAGUCUGAGGCAGGAGAAUCACUUGAACCCGGGAGGCAGAGGUUGCAGUGAGCUGAGAUCGCACCACUGCACUCCAGCCUGAGUUGACAGAGUGAGACUCUGUCUAAAAAAAGAAAAAAGAAAUGACAUCUAAACCCCACUGAGCCUCCCGGGAGGAGAGCUAGCCCAGGCCAGCUGUCUCCACGGUGACUGGAUGCUGCGGAGGAGCUGGGACUAUUACCUUCGCACUUGUGCAUCCUGGAGUUGUCAGAACACAGAGCAGUCUCCUAGUUCUGUGUCCGUCUAGCCAUGGGAUCUGCCAUGAAAUGCCUGUGGAUCUGCCAUUGGGUUGGUAUUUUUAACUUUCACUUGGGUGAAACUUGUUCAUCAUUUUAAAUAAAGCAACGUGAUUUGGAGUUGUGUUUUUAGCA